AUGAAAACUACUCCGCAACAGCUUCACCCGCAACAGUCCCAGCCAGCGCGUUUCAACGGCAAUGGCAGCAACACACGCAAGGGCCAUGCUCGUGAAAAUUCUCGUCCAUUGAGCAGCAGCGACGGGAAUAACCCCGUUGAUGGCCCCGUCGGAACGAGUGCCACGUCGGCAGCCGGCAAGACGCAGCAGCAUUCGUCGCAGCUGGGCCACGCUAAUGAAGUCAACAGCAGUAGCAGCAGCAGCGGCGUCGGUGGUGGUUUUGGUGGUGGUGGCUUCCCAGCUGAAGAACUCGGCAACAAUAGACUCAUUUACUUGAUUUCUAAAGCCGUGGGCAAAAUAUGCAUCAUUACAACCACUGAUGGAUCUCGUUACAAAGGUUUGUUGUUGGCGACUGAUUUGUCGAGAAAUCCAGCGUCGUUAUCGGUUGUUAUCCAAAAGCCGCAAUUGGUCACCAAGGGGUUGAUUGACGAAAAGAAUAAUUUGGACGACAAGGCUUUGCCUCAAACGCUUAUUGUCCAGGCUAAGGACUUGAUAGAUUUCGAAAUUGAUUUAGACAUCAAUGAGCCGGUAAAGAGUUAUCCCAAGGAAAAAAUUGCCACGCCCAAGGCUCCGGCUGCUGCUGCCGUUGAUGUUGUUUCCGAUCAACCCAGUUCAAAAGAAACGGUGAAAGCUGAACCUACCCCUGGAACUACACCAGCACCACAAACUUUAAAAUCUGCAGAGGUGCCUGCUCAAGCGGAGAAAGCAGCAGCACCAGCUGGUGCAGUAGCUGCGCCCCCAGCUGCAAACGCCACCCCUUCAAAUGCUACACCAGUAGCAACAGCAACAGCAACUAGAACUACCUCACCAAGUAAAAGCGAAUUCAAAACAGACUCCGACAUUAGCUCUGACCAAAGAGGCAAGACUUUCCAAGAACGUGAAUUGGUUAGAUGGCAACCCGAGGCAAACAACUUGCAAGGGUUGACCUUGGAAGAAGACCACGCAACUUCAGGCAACGGCAAAGUCCAAUGGGAUCAAUUCAAAGCCAACCAAGAGAGAUUUGGCGUUGAAAGUACUUAUGACGAACAUUUGUAUACUACCAGGAUCGAUAAAUCUGCUGCUGACUACAAGCAACGAGUCUUGAUGGCUGAUAAAUUGGCAAGAGAAAUCGAGGGAAGUGCCACUACCGACCGCCACAUUUUGGAAGAGCGAGGCUUCCUUGUCGACGAUAGCGGCAUGGACGAAGAAGACAAAUAUUCCGGUGUCGACAGAAGAGGCGAUGAGUUGAUGGCUGCGUUGAAGAUGAGUACCACCAAGUCUCCACCAAAACCCAUGGCAUCUCACCAUGAAACAAAGUCUGUCUUGGAUGAAAACAAGUACGUUACCCCAAGACAAAGAGCAGCCAACUACCAUAACGACCCAGCAAUCAUUUCAAGUUCUGCCGUCAAGAAGAAACCGACUCCUUCAUCCAUCCCUGCCAAACCCACCAUUCCUAGCGAGUCGUUCAGAUUGACAGCACAAAGUGAAAUCAAUGCUCUUCGCGAAUUUAGUGCCAAUUUCAAGAUUCCUCACAAAAUCCCGCAAGAUUUAUUGCCCAUCUUGGCCAAGGACAAGUUGAAGCAAAGCGAGAUCUUGAAGAAGCAGCAGCAGGAGCAAGCACAAGCACAAGCACAAGCACAAGUACAAGCACAAGCUCAGUCGGAGCCGCAUUCGCAACAACAAUCUGCUGCUCAAAGUGUUCAACCCACACCACAACCAACACCUCAGCCACCUUCUUCUCAAAACCAUACUCCACCCGUGCCACCCGUGCCACAGACACCACAACAAGCACCACAACUAGCACCCUCACAACAGCAGGCCAAGCCAGCAGUCCCACCAACAGCCCCGGCAGCAGCGCAACCAACAGCGCAACCAGCAGUAAAGAAAUCGGGCAGCAAAUUCAAACUCAAUCCAAGUGCAGCUUCAUUCACCCCAACUUUCAAACCCAGCACUUUAGCAUCUCCAUCAAAAUCUUCCGCUACCCAUAUCUCACAAUAUCAAUCACCCCACAUCCCCAAUAGUCGAACUUACUCUGCCAACGGCAGUAUAAGCUCGCAGGGCUCAGCCAAUAAGAGAUACCCGCACCAAAUCACAGCACAGGACUUCUUUGGCGUAGGUAAGGUCCCCACUGACGAAUCACAAGCUCAAAAGACGAGAGAUUUCCAAAGCAAAUUCAACUUGUUCAACUAUACCAAGCAAAAAGCUCUCGAAUCAGGCUCGGAAACACCAGUAAUCUUUGAAAAAUCAUAUCAAACGCCACCAACAUGGGAUUCAACAACUGAAGAAUCAUACCUGACCAUCUACCCCAAAUCGUCAUCUGCUUCUGCUACUACAAGUGCAAUCUACGGCGCGCGUACACCAUUGCAAAUGUCAGCAUCCUACAUGCCGAGCCCCAUAAUGGCCCAACCACAGCCACCAAUGAUGCAAGGCGCCCCCAUGGCUGCAGCACCAAUACCAUACAACUUCCAAGUACCUCCACAAUUCCACCAAUUCCAACAUCACCAUCAUCAACAACAGCCUCAUUUCCCACAACAAGUUGCUGCGACUCCAAUGUGGUUUAUACCGCCGCCCCAAGGCUUUAACAUUAUCAAUAACCCCUAUCAGACUGGAGGAGCCGGCGUUGGAGGAGCCGGUGCUGGAGGCGCGGGAGGCGCAGGUGUUGGAGGAGGAGGAGGAGGAGGAGGAGCUGGUGGUGGACAUGGUCAACAGACGCGGAGGUAUAAAUAA